AUUUCUCUCUCUCUUCUUUCCCCUCUCUCUCUCUCUCUAACUUCUCUCUCUAAAAUUACCAUCUCACACACACAGAAACACACACACACACACACACACACACACACUUGUUUUUCUACAACAGAAGGAAAUAUGGAUUUAAGCUUCGCAGACGAGAGCACAACCAGCGAAACCGUAUCAAUCACGCCGGCGGUGGCGGCGUCAAAGUCGCCGCCGGAGAGCCUCUGCCGCGUCGGCAGCGGGGCGAGUGCGAUCACCGACGCGGAGAACGGCGUGGAAGCGGAGUCGAGGAAGCUGCCGUCGUCGAGAUUCAAGGGGGUGGUCCCACAGCCCAACGGCCGGUGGGGGGCGCAAAUCUACGAGAAGCACCAGCGCGUCUGGCUCGGCACCUUCAACGAGGAGGAUGAAGCCGCCAGGGCCUACGACACCGCCGCGCAGCGCUUCCGCGGCCGCGACGCCGUCACUAACUUCAAGCCAUUGUCGGAGACCCAGGAGGACGGCGUCGAGACCGCCUUCCUCAAUACCCACUCCAAAGCCGAGAUCGUCGACAUGCUCAGGAAGCACACGUACGGCGACGAGCUCGAGCAGAGCAGGCGGAGCUACAACUCCAACGGGCGGAGGACGGCGGAGGACGGCCCGUUCGGCUUCUCCGGCCGCGGCGGCGACAGGGCGGCGAAGGCCCGGGAGCAGCUAUUCGAGAAGGCGGUGACGCCCAGCGACGUCGGAAAAUUGAACCGGCUGGUGAUACCGAAACAGCACGCGGAGAGGCACUUCCCUCUGCAGAGCGGCAGCACCUCGAAGGGGGUUCUGUUGAACUUCGAAGACGCCGGCGGAAAAGUUUGGCGGUUCCGGUACUCGUACUGGAACAGUAGCCAGAGCUACGUGUUGACCAAGGGAUGGAGCAGAUUCGUUAAGGAGAAAGGCUUGCGCGCCGGAGAUAUCGUCAGUUUUCAGAGAUCGACGGCGCCGGAUAAUCAGCUCUACAUUGACUGGAAAUCGAGAAAUAUUAAUAACGGAUCCAAUGCGGCGGCGGCGGUGGUGGCGGUUUCGGGCCGGGCUCAGCCGGUUGUGAUGGUUAGAUUGUUCGGAGUGAACAUAUUUGAGGCGGCGCCGAGUGACGCCGCCAUUGAUGGUUACGGAAGUUGCAGUGGGAAAAGGAUGAGAGAGAUGGAGUUGUUGGGAUUAGAUUGUAGCAAGAAACAGAGAGUAAUCGGUGCAUUGUAACAAUUAGUUUUUAUUUUUAAUUUUAAUUUUUUUUAUAAUUAUUAUUAUUUAAAUUGUUAAUUUUAGAGAGAGAAAGAGAUGAGAAGGUGGAGUGAGAUGGUGAUGCGCAAGUUGCCAGAAAAUAAAUUAAAAAGGAAAAAAAGAAAAGUUUCCAAUUGUACAGAGACAGAGGUUAGCUGAAGAGAGCUGAACUUGUUAGAAAAUGGAAAUAUGCAUAAACUGUCUAUUUGUUGUUCUCUUUCUUAGUUUUGAAUUAAUAUUAUAUUAAUAUUAAAUUAAUUAUCUUUAUU